AUGGCGAAGACGUAUGAUUAUUUGUUCAAGUUGUUGCUGAUUGGUGACUCAGGAGUCGGUAAGACAUGCGUCCUCUUCAGGUUCUCCGAGGAUGCUUUCAAUACGACCUUCAUCUCGACCAUUGGUCAAGAAAGAUUUCGUACAAUAACCACAGCAUAUUAUCGUGGUGCAAUGGGUAUAAUGUUAGUUUAUGAUGUAACCAAUGAGAAAAGUUUUGAGAACAUAAAGAACUGGAUUAGAAACAUUGAAGAAAAUGCUUCGGCGGAUGUUGAGAAGAUGUUAUUGGGCAAUAAAUGUGAGCUCACAGAGAAGCGACAAGUUUCAAAGGAACGAGGAGAACAACUUGCUGUUGAAUAUGGAAUCAAAUUUAUGGAAACCUCUGCUAAGUCUAGUAUCAAUGUCGAGGAGGCAUUUUACACUCUUGCACGAGACAUUAAGGCAAAAAUGGAAAAGAAACUGGAGGCAUCAAAUCCACCAAAGGGAGGAGGACAUCAGCUGAAACCAUCCGAGCCACAGAGGAAGCCACCAAGUUGGCUUGCACGGUGCACUAUACUCUGA